CAGUGGACAUUAUCGCGCAUUUUUCCAGUUACUCAGUGCUCCCCUUGUCACCGCGUCCGUUCGGUCUUUUGGGUCGGGUACAACGACCCACUCCUGCCCACAAACUUUGCCGUCAUCCUGGCUUAGACGCUGCGUAGAUGAUUUUCCUGGCAAAGCAAGAACAUCAGAAACUAAUAUAUGUAUUCAACUGCGCAUUCAGAUCGCUACAUGAAGGCGGAGAUAGGAAUAAUGGUACCUGGGUUCUUGUCUGUACUCAAUCUUCUGUCCGUAAUUUCCGGAUCAUCGUCGCUAUGCGUCGAGAACUUGGUCUCAGACUGCGGAGAAUUGUCUCCACCUGUUAA